CAGACUUCUCAUGUAGACAGCUGCGACGGUUCUCUUUCAACACAACACAAGCAGUCUGCAGCCUGGUUUGACAUGGAGUGCCCGCUUCUGCUGUGUCUUGCUGCCCUGCUCUUUAUGAGUGAGGUGGCAACAGGACAAACCACAGAAACAAUGGAUGUACAAUCAUCACAACCAGGUCUUGACAUUCCUGGUCAUUUCUAUCCAUUCUGGGAUGUAACAGAAGUUGACCUUUUUGCUAAUAAUGGAGGUUCAUCUCAGAUAACACUUCAACAGGCAUUCCCUUUCUUUGGAUCCUACAAGUCCACAAUAUAUGUGAAUAAGAACGGUGUACUAAGUUUCUCUGAGCCACUCACUGAGUCCAGUCCUGAUCUGAAUAUGGGCACUGACAUCAUUGCUCCACUCUGGACUGACUUUGAAGCAAACUACCAUGACAGAGUCAUCUAUAAAGAAGUCACCAGCGGUCCUCUUCUGUUCCAAGCAACACAAGACAUUAAUACUAUGUUCCCAGGAAAAGAUUUUUAUGCUACAUGGCUCUUUAUAGCCACAUGGCAAACUAUGUCGUUUAUCAACAACACAGGGAGCGCAACAUUCCAAGCAGUUUUGGUCUCUAAUGGUACAGAUGCCUCUUAUGUCAUGCUGAACUAUGGAGAAAUUGAUUCCACUGAUCAGUACUGGCUGGCUGGCUAUAAGGCAGUGGAUGAUAUCUCUAAUAUAAUUCAAGAAGACAUCUUUACCCUCUCUUCAUCUACUAACGUCCAGAUUCCCGGUCGCUGGGCUUUCCAAGUCAUUGAUCCAGCCUUAUCAUACUGUCAGAAGCAGAACUGUUCUUGGGAUGAAGUAUGUAAAAAGAUAAAUGGAGCUUAUGGGUGUGGCUGUGGGGAGAACAAUACAAUGCUGAACACAGACACUUACGACGCCAUUGAAACCUGCUCAGGCAGUUCUGGAUCACUGUCUCUGUCUCGCUGUCAGCUCUUUGAAGCUGGAUAUUCUGCAAAUGUUCUCCACCUGAAUGACCGAGGCUGCAAAGGGGAGAUCCAAAAUAACAGGCUGGUCUUCAAAUUUGACAGUGAUGCUAACAUGUGUGGCACAACUCUGGAGCAUAAUGAAACACACAUCAUCUUUAAGAACAAUGCUGGGACGACUGAUGGGAUGGGUGUGAUCAGUCAUGUUAGCGGGCUUAACAUCGCCUUUUCUUGUGUGUAUCCACUCAUCCAGAGCAUCUCCAUGCCCAUGGCUUUCCAAAUCUCAGGAAGUAUUAUCAGCAAGGAACUAUCUACCGAGGGCUCGUACCAGAUCCAUAUGAUCCCAUAUCCUGAUUCUCAAUUCCUGGUUCCAUACUCUGGCAGUGUGACCCUAGAAAUGAACCAACAGGUCUAUAUAGCUGUGCAAGUGGAUCAGUUUGACAGCAAACAUAUCGGCCUUGUGCUGGACAAUUGCUGGGCCACACCUGUCAGUCAAAUGAACUAUUCUGUCCGCUGGGACCUGAUCAUUAGGGAGUGUCCGAACCCUGCUGAUGGCACAGUGGCGGUGUUGCAGAACGGCAUCUCCACGUCCAGCCGCUUCUCCUUCAGGAUGUUCACAUUCACUGGUUUCUCUAGCAAAAUCUACCUGCACUGCCAGGUCCACCUCUGUCUGCAGGGGUCAGGCAACUGUGCACAGUCAUGCAAUGGAAGACUUUCCAGAAAACGCCGAUCUGUAGAUUUCUAUGACUCAGCUGCUAUUACCAUGCAAUUUUGAAAUGAUUGACUGUAACUUACAGGUGAUGUAACAAGGCUCUUAUUUCCUAUUUCUCUUUGCUCUAUGUUUAAUCAAGGUUUUGAAUAUUACAAUAACCAUGGCAAGUAAUAUCAAAAUUAAGUUAUAAUUUUAGGUGUUUGUAGUUACACAUUUUAUCUAGUCAUCUGUACUGCUGUACUCGUUGUUCUGUCUAAUCAAUAAAAAUAAAUC